AUGGCGUGGCGAAAUCAAGGGAUUACAGGUUCCAACAACAUCCCCCUGGGGAGCCGCCGCCGCUUCACGGCCGAUGAAGAAGAUGAGAGCCGCACCGCAACUCCUUCAUCCAUGCCUGAUGGGCCCAAGCGUGGCCGCAGCCCAGUUCGAGGUACCCUCCCCUUUUCGGAAAAAUGCACCAGCGCCAUCUCUGACCCUAUUAUUCUUUUAACAACAGCCGAUCCCCCGGAUGAUGGUGUUAAACGGCGCAAGAAGCGGAACCGCUGGGGUGACCAGCAGGAGAACAAGGCUGCUGGCUUGAUGGGCUUGCCCACCAUGAUCAUGGCCAACUUCACUAGCGAGCAGCUUGAGGCCUACACUCUGCACUUGCGCAUCGAGGAGAUCAGCCAGAAGCUGCGGAUUAACGAUGUGGUCCCUGCUGACGGUGAUCGGUAUGUACAGCCCUUUUCUUUAACUACUGAACCCUUCUCACACCUGGAUAGAUCUCCAUCGCCACCACCGCAGUACGACAACUUUGGUAGACGUGUUAACACUCGCGAGUACCGCUACCGCAAGCGACUCGAGGAUGAGCGUCACAAGUUGAUCGAAAAGGCCAUGAAGACCAUUCCUAACUAUCACCCGCCUUCUGACUACAGGCGUCCGACCAAGACCCAAGAGAAGGUCUACGUCCCAGUGAAUGACUAUCCAGAGAUUAACUUCAUUGGCUUACUCAUAGGACCUCGUGGAAACACCCUCAAGAAGAUGGAGACUGAGUCCGGAGCCAAGAUUGCUAUUCGAGGCAAAGGCUCCGUCAAGGAAGGCAAGGGCCGAUCUGACGCCGCUCACGCUAGUAACCAGGAAGAAGAUCUCCACUGCCUAAUCAUGGCGGAUACCGAGGAGAAGGUGAACAAAGCCAAGAAGCUUGUUCACAAUGUCAUUGAGACAGCCGCCUCCAUUCCCGAGGGCCAGAACGAGCUCAAGCGUAACCAGCUUCGUGAGCUGGCUGCUCUCAACGGUACUCUCCGUGACGACGAGAACCAGGCCUGCCAGAACUGUGAGUCCUCACAGCCCCACUUUCCUUUUAUUAUGUCUUCUAAACGUGCAACAGGUGGCCAAAUCGGACACCGCAAGUACGACUGCCCUGAGCAGCGCAACUUCACUACCAACAUCAUCUGUCGUGUUUGUGGCAACGCUGGUCACAUGGCCCGCGACUGUCCCGACCGCCAGAGAGGCAGCGAUUGGCGCAACGGCGGUGGCAUUGGCGGCGGUCAGCGCAAUCCUCGUGCUGUUGGCACUGGGGAUGCUGUGGACCGUGAGAUGGAGCAACUGAUGAACGAACUGUCCGGAGGUGCUCCUGGCGAGUACCCGCCUCGUCGUAUUGAAGCCGGCCCUGACCAGGGCGGCUAUCCCGAUGACCGCGACGAAAAGCCCUGGCAGCGUGGCCCGCCACCCCCGAGCGAUGUGGCUCCCUGGCAGCAGCGACGUGAGCAGCGUCCUCGCGACGACUAUGGAUCCCGCGACCAAGGUCCUGCUCCUUGGGCCGCCCAGAACCGGAGUAGUAACGACUAUGGCUACGGGUCUCAGGGUGGAUACGCCGCCCCUGGUACCGCGCCAGGUGCUGCUCCCUGGCAACAGCAAGCCCCUCCCGGCGACGCUGCUGCUGCUGCUGGCUACGGCUACGGGGCAUAUGCAGGCUACGCCUAUCCCCCUGGAAUGGCUGCCCCUGGUAUGGCUGCUCCGCCGCCGCCUCCUGGCAUGGCCCCUAUGGGUGGAUAUGGUGGUGCUGGCAGUCCUCCGCCGCCUCCUCCUGGCGAGGGACCUCCUCCGCCUCCUCCCAGCGAUCAGCCUCCUCCUCCACCUCCUGCGUGA